ACACCUCCCUCCUGGCUGGUCACUCCGUCCGUGUGUGUGUUACAGUGACUUCUUGUAUCUUACAGCAACAAUGAAUAGAGUAGUGAAGAUGUUGACGGUGUGGUGUGUGUGCGUCUGGGGAACCUCCUUGGCGGAUAUGUGUGACCGACGGGACAAACGGACAGACAGAGCGUGGAGAGGUGAUGUGGGCGAACUGGAGGUCUUCCCAGGUGGUACUGUCAGGGAUAGAUUACAGCUACAUCAUCGCGUCCGUCGGUUUCUAAGUUUCCCCACAGGAUCCGUGCUGUCGGUCACACCUAAGUUGACUAUUCCCUUCGUCAGCAAAUUCGAUGGAUAUAUAACUGGGAGUCAACUUUAUGCCUUUCCAAUCGACCUGAGGCUCCCUAACUCCACCCUACGCCUCAGGUCGAAGGAUAGGGACGAGGAGACCAUGUCCUACGCAUCCUACGGGUCCUCUGAUCAUGCAGGAUACGUCAGGAGGACUGGAAGGGCGUUGGAUGAUCAGAGGAUAACAGGAUUCGCUUUCUUACGGCAGUUAAUGGAUAACGUGGGUUUAGACGGUCGACAGUGCCUACUCAGAGCGGUGUGUGAGGUAGGCGAAGAACCUGUGGCUGACCUGGGCAUUACGGGAGAGCUCAUUAACCUCUUCUUCAGCGCAGGAUAUGGCAGUGGGACUCACGAACUGACUGAGUACAUACAAGCAGAAGAAACAGGCAGACAAGUAGGAGGAUGUGAGGACUUGUACUCUGGAUGUCCUUACCGCUUAAUGAGUCUAUUGCAGUCUGCUUUCUCCUGCUUCCACCUGGGUCUGGCACACGUUGGGGACACCUCGGGGAGUCUGUUGGUGUCCUAGGUUCGCCAGGGUGAGUGGAGGUUCGCCAGGGUGAGUGGAGGUUCGCCAGGGUGAGUGUAGGUUCGCCAGGGUGAGUGUAGGUUCGCCAGGGUGAGUGUAGGUUCGCCAGUGUAUCCAGU